CCGAGCCCUGCUCUGCCUUGCUUCCCAUGGCACCAGAAGACCUGGAUACUUACUGGUCUGGCACAGAGCCUAUCUGCUUGGAGGGCUGCACGGGGAAGCACAAGAAACUGAAGAGGAGCCGGUGUGGGAAUGGCAGCUGCUGCUGGCUGGGCUACAAGUCCUUAUGCAGAGUGAACUGCGGGCGACCCGAAGCGGACUUCAACUUGGUGGUGUACAGCAAUGACUGGUGGGUCGGCUCGGUGGUGCGGUACAGCUGUCGGCCUGGAUUCCUACUCCUGGGGAACCCGGCCAGUGCCUGUCAGUCCAAUGGCCGCUGGACCCCCAAGCCCACGUGCCUUCGGAUCUGCCUGCGAGGUCGGAUCGAGAUCAGCGAGUGGGACAUUACCAGGAGGUGCUCUUCAUCUUACAGCACCCAGGCCCACCUGGGAGCUUUCCUCAACCAUGGCUGCAUUAAGAUCUCAGCCUGUGUUACUAAGCACUUGGGCUGGGCCCACUGGUUCCUGUGCUAUGACAUCUGCGAGUGUGACUGCCACGUCCCAUGCACUUCCUCUGGGUAG